AUGCAUUCGGCACAAUCUUCGCAUGCCCAUCAUGGCCUGAUGCCCAGCGAGGCUGUCGCCGCUCUCAAUAUUGCGCAAGGCCAAGUAGGUACUGACAGUACAACUGAAAAUACAGCAGCUGCUGCUGCUCCUCCUGCUGGUCCACCAUCAUCGUCUGAAUCUGAUGCGCCAGCUGGACGCUUUCAUAGAGACAGCGCAGGAGCUCUGUUAGGUCCGAAUGCGAUUCGCGGGCUUUCCCUUCGUGGCCUCAAUCUCACUGGUUCAAGAACCCCCGACCAAGGUGGCGAUGAACUACAUCAAUCGCCAAUGACCCCACGUGGUGGAUCUGGUGCAGAACCUCAUGCUCGUGGUCCCGUACCUCAUGCUGAAGGCGAGGCAGUUGCGGAAGAGGAAGACAGCAGUGAGCCGAAGCACCACAGUGCUGGCAGCGAGCCGUCGUCUUCUUCUAGCGAGGUGGUCCAUGAGGAACACGAGGAAGCUGGAGAACAAGUUAGCGAAACACCGCCUUCGGGAGAACUGUCUAGUGAGGAACGUCAAGGUCAAGACGAGAGUGAGGACAUAUUAGCUACUUCUAGCGAAGAUGCACUUGCAAAUGCUACAAUAGCAGGAUCUUCCUCACAAGCAGCACAACAUGAUCAGCAGACAGGAGAGGGAGAAGCAGAGCAUGAGUUUCAUGGUGGGGACCUGACGGACGAUCCUGAGUCCAGCCUAGGCCCAGACGAGAUCGAUGAGGUGAUGGUAGCACAGCAACCUAGUACCAAUCACGAAGUGGUAGUGGAGGAACUUUCGUCGCGAGUGCAUUUCGGGGCUCCGUCACUGCGCUUUAUCGAAGAGCAGGCAACCGCAAAUGGUGUUAGAGUACCCAGUCCAACUUCUUCUACUCGCACCAGCUUCAAUCCACCUGCUCCGAGAAGUGUUGCAGCCAGUACGUCAUCCUCUCUCAACAAGGGCUCGACAGCAGCAGGAGCGUUCACUGGCGGCUCAGGCUCACCAAGGAGAUCCUCUCAGGGUAGUUCUACUUCUCAACAAACUCAGCAGAGUGAUCAUUACCUUGCACGUGGAUCCGCUGUAUCGAUUGGAACGCGGCCUAGUUCUCCGAAGCCGCACCACCCCGUCCAGUCCUCUAGUCGGGGAACGGAUGUGAAGCCACCCAAAGAACGAGACCCUCCGAAAGCUUGGUCGCCAAAGAGUGCGCGAGUUAUUCCCCCCUCUAAAGCACACGAUGCGGUCGAAUCCAGAACCCAGGAACAAAGAAACGUCCAAAAACCUCACGAUGGAUUGGGCGAUAGUAAUCAAAUACAAAUUUUUUUACGAUCAUCUUUUACUCUUCUUGACGGUAAUAAAUUGGGUGGGUUGUGUUGUUAAGUUUCUUCUCUUGAAGUUGGAUCUGAGUGAUGUUGCUUGGUCUAGUCAUUACUUCACUACACAUGAGCAUGAGCAUGACGAGGACUUGUAAAAUUCGUAGUUGCGUCGUACGUUUAAAAGUAAAAUGCAACCCGCCAAUCCCAAUCUCAUCAGACAUGAAUCAUACCAGUUUCACCCACGGUUCCGCGAGGCGCACGCCUAAUGCGAGGUUUAUUUGGUGCGCCGGACUUGGUGGAGGAGAUCGCACGAAGUCCUGACGCCAUCAGUCGACGUCGAUUGCAGACUUAUCUCUCGGUCCUGCAACCUAACACUGACAAUCAAAAAUACGCGGACCAUGAAAACGCGAUUCUGUUUGCGGAUUCGCCGAUUCUCGACGUUUUGUUGGAAGCACGGGAGAUGAACGAAGAGAGUCGAAGUCCAGAUACUAGUAAAGGUCCGCGAGGAGAGCAACGGCGUUCAUCUGCGUGUAGUUCUGGUUCUCCAGGAAGGCGAUCGAGCUUAGCUUCUAGUUCCACCUCUUCCACCUCUAAGCGGAAGUCCUACUGCAGUGCGAAUGAUGGCGCUUCCCUGGGAAUGAAUGGUGGAAAUAAGCUGCCAGCAGACUGCUCGGAAGAUUUCGAAAAAGUAGAACAAAAACCAACCUCUAGUUGGAAAUUGUUGCUGCGCGACGUUUUUGAAGCCUAUUGCAACUUCGGAGACGCUUCAAACACGGAAUGGCUCAGCGGACCGAAAUGGCUCACGCUGCUUUCGGAUGCGAAAAUCGUACUUCUUUGCUUUUUUUGAGAAAAGAAGAUGUGCUUUCUACCUGUUCUAUUGCAAUUGUUUAAGUGCAUAGUUCAAGUUCUUGCCAGCGCCCGAUAACACCCCCUCGCGUUAGGAUUCUCAUCAUCCCAAAGUAACCCACGGAACAGGCAGGAAAGUUCUCGACUUUAGCAAGUUUUUCUGAGAUUUCAACUCCUCAAAUCCAAAAAUUUUUGAUUUUGGGAAGUUUCUCUGGAAUUCAUAUUCAAUUUCUUGGAUUUAAACACUCAAAUCCAAAAAUUUCCGACUUUGCCAAGUUUUCCGCGAUUCAAUUUCUUGGAUUUGAAUUUCUCAAAUCCAAAAGCUUUCCACUUUAGCGGGUUUUUCUUAGAUUCAAUUUCUUGGAUUUGAAUUUCUCAAAUCCAAAAAUUUUUGAUUUUACUGAGUUUCGCUGGAAUUCAAUCUCUUGGAUUUGAAUCCCUCAAAUCACAAAAUUUUCGAUUUUAGCGAGUUAUUCUGAAGUUUAUUUUUUUGGAUUCGAGAACUAUAGCAAGUUUUUCCGACAUUCAAUUUCUUGGAUUUGAAUCUUUCAAAUCCAAAAAAUUUAGACUUUAGCAGUUUUUUCUAAAAUUCAACGUCUUGGAUUUGGUUCGCAGGCUCUCAUAAGUUCUUGAGUUCCUGAGUUUCUGCGUUCAUGAGUUUGGGGGUGAGGGUGUCGGAGAGUUUGGGUUUGGGGGUGAGGGUGUCGGAGAGUUUGUGUUUGGAGAGUUUUAGUUUGGAGAGUUUGAGGUUAGAGAGUUUGAAUUUGGAGAGUUUAAGUUUGGAGAGUUUGAAUUUAGAGAGUGCAAGUUUGGCGGGGUUGUUGUUAAAUUUUUUUUUAGCUCUUUCAUAUAAGGAGAUGGAGAAGGACGCGUUUAGAGCAUCAAGCUAUCACUUCGACUAUUGACAUCCUCUCUCGUCCAGCUCUUGGGCGCGUCAGCAGCGCCGGCGACUCGUGAGGGACCCCGUCUAAUAAAUCGUGCGGAAGCGGAGCUUAUCCAUAAAAAAGUACUGACAGCAAGGGAUCCAGGGAACUCAAAGUUGACUUUCGAUCUCUUUUGCAAGGCUUUGGGUCUACUGGCAUUGAAGUUGGUAUUCUUAGCAAACGCAAAGGCAAUCGAGCCUCCGGAAGGUUGUAGUUCAUCGCCUAAGCGACGAGAUAGUGCUGGAGGCAAAGGGCUGUCCCGAGCAUCACCUAGUAAAAGCAAUUCACCACGACCACCUGGUAUACUGAAAUUGAAAGGUGGCACUGCGGCUCCUGCGUCCUCUUCUAGUAUGGGCGGUCGUGAGCAGGAGUCCUCGUUGAAAGACAUGAGUCUGGAAGUGCUGACUGGAGGAGGCUGGAAUGGGUCGACGGAUCUGGAGGGCACACUUGUGGCUGGUUUGUUCGGCGAUGCAAGUCCUCUGACCCCAAGUACCCUAGCCAAGCGAAAGCUGGUGAAGCAACUGGGUGGUAUGCGUCGCGCGAACCGGACGAUCACUUGCUCUUUGACCUCCGACAGCGAAAUCGUUGCCUCGGCGUCUCUUGGACUGCUCAUGGUGGCUCAGAAGCUGUUACGACACUGCUACCCGGUUCGGCCGGGCGUCGGUCUACGGUUGCUAGACAAGAUGCCGCAGCUGUCGCCAGAGGACGUGGAAGCGCUCUUGGUACACAAAAACUUCCUGCUGGAGCUCUUCGACGCGUACACCGAGCGACACGGAAACACGAACAGCCUAGACCGCAAUCCGCGUACCGAUCUAAGCAUGCCGCGAGAAGCAGCUGUGCAAGCGCGAGCCGAGAAAAAGCACUUAGCCCUACAAAAUGCAACCAUGGCAGACGGAGAGGAAGGAGGGUGCUUCGAAGGGGCAGUCGGAAGCGAAGAGCAAGCGCGCUCUGUCAGAACCCUACUGCGCGCAGCAGUUGAGGAUUACGGCGAUCCGAAAAUGUACUUACUAUGCUCCUUGUUGUCAUUUUCGUUUAUUUGUAGUAGAUUUCAAUACAUAACUACAGCACUUUCUUUGACUUUUAUUGAUUUACCUCCAUUUUGGCACCCACUUAAAAAUAUCUCACGCUUAAUCCGUUAUUGAUUUACCUCCAUUUUCCUUGUUAUCGAUCCUUUUCAAAAUAUUAUGUUCUUUGCAUCAUCAAAACAAUCAGGUCUGAGCGUUUGGAGAUGUACACGGUCACCGAUGGCACGCUUCAUGGUGUCCCUACGUUGAAAGAUGCCGCUGAGUAUUUGUCUUGGGAACAAUUUCGUCGCAUCUUGUCCGAUCUGGGCGUCGUCCCAUCUCUGGUCUCCAUGACCGAUGCUCGACAACUGUUCAAAGCGUCCAACGGGUCUCGAUCGGAGCUUGGCGUGCUUACCAGAGUGCGCUUCUUGGAGGCCAUUGGAAACGCAGGAGUAGUGGCGUUUUCGCGUGUCCCCUACAGUCUGGAGUACAAGACCUCGCAUGAGAAGGUUGCGGCCUUUCUGUUCCGCAUCCGAGAACGUAACCUCGGUCCGGUAACGCGAAGUAGCCCAUUGAAGAGCGCCUUUGUGACGAUCGUAGGCAACGAUCAUGGGAAAACGACUGGACCACCCUUGGCGCCGUCCCAUGCAAAGUAGAAGGUGGUCGUUCGGUAACAUGUGGUUUAGGGUGGAUCAGGUCUAGAGGAUUUUUGCAUUGGCCUCACACUUAUCAUACUGUACAGCUAAGAUUUGAAAACGAAAUAUCACGAUUAUCAUCACAUGUACAGAUACAAGAAAGAAGAAUUUCUUAUAGCAUUAGCACGAGAAACAGAAGAUAUCGAAUUGUACUUAUUGUUAUUCUAUUCACUGUUACUGUUGAAAGACUAUCAGCAUGAAUUUGAAAGCGUAGCUGCUACUAGUCAUGAUACGAACUUACACCAUCUUCAGAUUCAUUUCCGAGAAACUCACUUAGCAUCCAAAAACACGAAGUAACUAAUUCAUUUCAGUUGUGAAAGCGUAUGCUUCUCAACUGGUUGCAUAAGAACUUGCAUCCUCAAUUUUAUAGUAUACACUCUUCGGCUAAAAAAAUAAUCGUUGUUAUGUUUUGCAAUCUAACAUAACAGAAUGUAAAAAAUGAUUGAAUGAAUAUCACACCGAAACAAGCAAUCAUGCACAAAGGAGUACAAAAAACGCAAGUGCUUGACUGAAUGAAUUUGAAUGUACCGAUUCCGUUUCUAAGAAGAAGAAAUUAUACAUACAUACAACGAACCGUUAUUCGUGAUAAAAACAUGUAACUACACGCAUUGUAUUCAACUUUUGAGAGUUAUGUGAUAAAACGCAAGGGGACGGUCUGGUCCAAUUUAUUUGUUUUGUAGAGAACAAUGCCUUGGGAUUGCUGCAUUAGUACUUGUAAAAAACGAAUAUUGUUAUUGACAUUGUGACUGAUAUUAGCAGGAUGACGAACUGAUUUAUUGUAAGACUGAAAAGAAAUAUUAAUAUUGCAGG